CAUUCGUUCACAUCCAUCUUCACCUUCGCUCUCGACGACGGCCUCUCCUCUCCCUCGUCACGACCUCUCUACACCCCACGAUCGCUUCUCGUUCACGACCUCUCUUGCCUGUCCUUUCGUUCCGAUCCCCUUCUCCGAUGUGCGCCGUGUAACCGUCCGCAUAUCCGCGAAGAAGCAUUCGACGUCCACUCGUUUCAUCCGUCUGCCCUCUCCUCCUCUGCCGACUCCCAAUCUGAUCCAGACAACCUCGCCGAGAUGUUUUCCGGCUUCUUCUCACGCGCUGCGGCUGCGCUACUUCUCGGAGGCCAUCUUGCGUCGGCUAUCGACCUUGAUCUCAACUCGCCAGAUUCGAUCAAGAAUGCCGCUGCAACUAUCGCCUAUGAUAUGAUGACAUACUACAAGGGAAAUCAGUCCGGAGGGAUUCCUGGCGUGCUGCCUGGGCCUCCCCCGAAUCCAACCUGGGGAUACUACUGGUGGGAAUCUGGUGCGAUGUGGGGAGCACUGAUCGACUAUUGGCAUUACACGGGCGAUACUUCAUACAACGAUGUCAUCGAGCAGGGAAUCCAGUUCCAGGUUGGUGAACACGACGAUAUGAUGCCUUCGAAUUGGUCGCAGUCCAUGGGUAACGAUGAUCAAGCCUUCUGGGGAAUGACCGCCAUGUUAGCCGCCGAGACGAACUUUCAGAACCCCCCACCGAACCAGCCGUCGUGGCUCUCGUUGGCGCAGGCAGUCUUCAAUACCCAGGCCGUCAGACCGGAUAACACAUGUGGUGGAGGAUUGCGUUGGCAAGUCUAUCCUUACCUCACUGGUUAUGAUUACAAGAACUCCAUUGCCAAUGGCUGCUUCUUCAAUAUUGGUGCACGUCUCGCCAGGUACACUGGCAACGAUAGUUACGCUCAACAUGUCGAAGUGAUCUGGGAUUGGAUCAGGAGUGUUGGGUUGAUGGACGAGGACUACAGAAUUUACGAUGGUGCCCAUAUCGAAACCAACUGCACGGAUAUCAACAAGGUCCAGUUCUCCUACAAUAUGGCCGUAUGGACCCUGGGCGCUGCAAACAUGUACAACUAUACAAAUGGCAGUGAAAUCUGGAAAGGACGAUUGGACGGACUCAUCAAUUCGACAUUGGACACCUUCUUCCCCAAUGGCAUCGCUUACGAAGUCGCCUGCGAGCCCAAGCUCACCUGCACAACGGAUAUGUACAGCUUUAAAUCCUACCUAACCCGCUGGCUCGCCACAACGACCCAGCUGGCUCCUUACACGUACGAUACCAUCAUGCCUGUGCUCAAGACCUCAGCAGUUGCAGCGGCGAAGCAGUGUUCGGGUGGCGCAAAUGGCCGGAUGUGUGGACUGAGUUGGUCGAAAGGAACAGAUUGGGAUGGGACGCAAGGUGUAGGUCAAGAGAUGGCCGCCAUGUCAGUCAUUAUCACGAAUAUGAUACCCUUCGUCCAUGUCGCGCCCCCGGUCACCAACCAAACAGGUGGAACGAGUGUUGGUAAUCCCAACGCCGGCUCUCAGAGCGUAGAGAACCCGGCGGCGAUCUCACCUCCGACAACGGGUGCGAAGGCCGGCGCGGGCAUCCUCACGACCUUCGUGCUCCUGGGAGUCACGGGCAUGUUCGGAUGGAUGAGCGUCUAAUACCGUGGCGUUCUCAACUCCCCACAGCUGUUUUAUUUAUUACCUUCUCUCUCUGUCGGUGGGGUGUAGGUAGACAAGGGCUUGUCUGAAAAUGUGACAUGGAUUAAUUGGGGGUCUUAGGUGGUGGGUAAUAUUAAAAUGGGAAGGGCGGCCGGAGGGGGAAUCUCAUUUUUAUUGUCAUGCAGUACUCAAGUCUCGUACGUGGCGUGGCAUUGCUACAUUGAAUCCCAUUCGAGAUUUGGAGAGGAGUUUCGGGGUUCAGGAUGGCGGGUUUGACGAGGCACAUGACGAUGGACGGUUCACCGAGCGUGUC